GCUACAGGGUGAGAGGAAGGACAAAAGGAGUUAGGUCCCGUCGUUGUUUUCCCCCCCACCCCACCCCUACAUACACGCCCCCCCGUUGGCCUCGCCCUCGCUGUCGGUGAGGGGAGCCGGGCGGAGGAUGGAGGAGAAGCCCUCCGCCAGCAUCAAGCCCUACCUGGACAAACUCACCCUGGGGGUCACACGGAUACUGGAGACUUCUCCAGGAGUUGCUGAGGUGACGUUUGUGGAAAAGGAGCCAGCUGAACGCCACACAAUCAUUUCAUGGGAGCAAAAAAACUCCUGCGUAUUGCCAGAGGAUUUAAAGAACUUCUAUCUGAUGACAGAUGGCUUCCAGAUGACCUGGAGUGUGAAGACUGAUGAUACCCCAAUGCCCCUCGGCUCCAUGGUGAUUAAUAGCAUCUCAAAGCUAUGUCGGCUUGGAGGUUCCUCUAGGUACACUCUGCCUAAUGCACCAACUCUUGCUGACCUGGAAGAUGACACAGACGAAGAAGGUAAUGGAGACAAACCAGAAAAGCCACACUUUGAUUCUCGUAGUCUUAUCUUUGAAUUAGACCCAUGCAGUGGGAAUGGCAAAGUUUGUCUUGUUUAUAAGCACACUAAACCAGUUGUCUCCUCAGACACAGAGAUAUGGUUCCUGGACAGAGCUCUGUAUUGGCAUUUCCUCACCAAAACCUUCACAGCCUACUACCGCCUGCUCAUUACUCACCUGGGUCUCCCACAGUGGCAGUACGCCUUCACCAGCUAUGGGGUCAGCCCCCAGGCCAAGCAAUGGUUUAACAUGUAUAAACCCAUAACUAUCAACACGGCUCUCCUCUCUGAAGAAGCUGAUUCCUUUGUGAACAAGCUGGACCCCAAUAAGGUAUUUAAAAGCAAGAACAAAACUCCAGUGAUCAAAAAGAAACAACCCUCCCAGCCAACAGGAUCCCAAAAGAGUCAUACAAGCAUGACCUCCUCCAAGACAUCUUCACUAGCUGGGAAUUCAAGGAAGUGAGAACCCCAGAUCUGACCCUGGACAGCACUUGCAAUAAGCUUUGAUGUUCUCUGAUGUAGAGUCUCAGUGGUUCAGACCAAAUUCCUUGUGCAUGAAUAGAUGUGCCCAUGGAAGACACAUUGCAGCAUUUGCAUGAAAUAUAACCACAAUGUACUUUGACAUGGGGGGGAUGUAGUUCCUGGACACUGAGAAAAAAAAACUUGAGACAUUGAUUUUAUUCCCUUCUGCUACCUGAAGCAUGUACUUUUCAGAGGACAUGAAGAAUCCCUUGAUGUCACUGCUCUGUAGGGAAGCUUUUGUUCCUGUGCAGCUACAGCACUGAAAUGAAAGCAAAUGUAAGUCACCAUUAUUUUAAUAGACCCAUGCUGAAAUACAGCAUAUGAAGAUAUUUCUGCCAUCUCCUUUGAAAGAAACCUGUCCUGACCUUGCAUGCUAAGGGAGCUGCCUGGAACAAAGAAAUAUCUUCUGCUUAGUCAGAAUCAAAUUCCACACCUCCCUGUGCUCCUUCCAACAUCCGCUCUGCAACUCAUGAUGUAAAGGGACCAGGAGCUUCCAUGUCUGUGCACUGACCUAGUCGCUUGCUCUACAGCCCAGACCACUUUUAGGCCUUUGUGCCAUAUCUUUUUGGAUAGUGAUGUCUCUGUGAUGUCUUUCUCAGUAAGCCUGAAGGCAGGCAGAAGCUGCAAGAUUCUCCAGUGCCACUGCUUUCUCCUCUUGUGGGAGCUGCUGAGCCAGGGCAGGUCAGUGUUGUUAAGAGUAAGAGUCCCUUAAGCAAGGAGGACCCUUGGUUUGUCAUGCAGUCAUUUGCAAAGUUUGACCAUUCAAACAGCCUUUGUCACUUUUCAAUUGGGCAGGAUCUGACCAGGGGCCGAUGAGAUCCUACAGCCUUAGAAGCCCCUGAUGCUGUUUUCUAUACUGUAAGUUUUCAGGUUAGAACUGCACUUUAACCCAUUUACUGCUGGUUUUCAGUUACAUCUGAUUGUUUCCAUUACUUUUCUAUAACAUUCUGUCUUCUAGGUGUGCUGGAAACACAUGGUAGCACCCAUACAUUUUGUGCCUAAACUGGAAAAUCAAAGUCACAAUCUUCAAAUAAACAUUGAUUAUUUAAACAGCAUCAUCUUUUAUUUAUGAAACAUAAUUACAUAAGACAAGCCUACCUCACAGGGAUGUUGUGAGGCUUUCAUGAGUGUUUGUAUGGCAUUGAGAAAGAUGAAGCCACCCUGUAAGUGCUUAAUAGUAUUUUAAUAAAGAUUGUAAUAUUUUCUUCCAGA